GUACAUAAACUUGGAAUACGGAAAUCAAACCACCUCAAAAGUUCUAGUCACAUGGAGAUCUUUUCUAUCUUCCCUUCAUGGCUUCUCCCAACACUACUUUUCCUCUCCAUGUUCUGCAUCUUUCUCUAUACUCUUAAAUCUAAUAAGUCGUCCAUGGUUGCCCCUAAGCUUCCACCAAACCCUCCAAAGCUUCCAUUUAUUGGGAACAUGCAUCAACUACUAGGCCAACCUCGUCAUCUAGCCUUUUGGAAACUUUCCCAAGAAUAUGGCCCAAUUAUGCUACUCAAAAUUGGUUCAAAACCUUGCGUUAUAAUCUCUUCUUCUGCCAUGGCCAAACAAGUCCUUAAAGAUCAAGAUCACAUACUGUGUUCUCGUCCAAUAAACAAGACCACCAAGCAACUAACAUACAACUAUGUGGACACUGCCUUCACACCUUACAGCAAUCACUGGAGGAAGAUGCGCAAGGUUUUGGUAUCUGAAUUCCUGGGCCCCAAUAGAGCUAGACUCUCUAACCAUGUGUUGUUAACCGAGGUGGAGAUCAUGCUUCGGUCUGUGUCGUUACAUCCAUCAAACAAUGCGAUAAACUUAAACGAGUUGUUUUUUGCAUUAGUAAAGGCGGUGACUUUUAAGGUGGCGCUUGGCUUGAACUACAGAGAACAACCACUGAAAGGUCCUUCGUUCGAAAUGAUACUUGAUGAAGUCUUGGAGUUAAUGAAUCCCUCCUUCGGUGAUUUUUUUCCAUGGUUAGGUAAAAUAAUUGAUCAAAUUAGUGGAAGGAAUCAUAAGCUAGGAAAAGUUUGUCGCAAUCUUGAUGCCUACAUCCAGUCGCACGUUGAUGACCAUGAUCACAAGAUUCAUAUUAAUGGCCAAGUUGACGAUGAUGACAAGGAUUUUCUUCAUACCUUGCUUGAGUUGUCUUCGAUGGAUAAUGCUUCUGAUGAUGAUCGGUUGACUAAAACAGAAAUCAAAUCUCUUAUAGUGAACAUCUUUACUGGAGGAAUUGAUACAACCGUUGCAACGAUGGUUUGGGCAAUGUCCGAGAUCAUUAGAAGUCCGAGAGUGAUGCAAAAGUUGCAAAGCGAAAUCCGAAAUUGCGCAGGGAGAAAACAAAAGCUAGAUGAAAUGGAUGUCUCAAAAAUGACCUACUUGAAGAUGGUGGUGAAAGAGACACUAAGAUUGCAUCCUCCAGCCGCAUUGUUGCUCCCACAUGAAAGCUUAAGCCAUUGCCAAAUAGGUGGUUAUGACGUGCUUCCAGAUACGAUGGUUUUAAUUAAUGGGUGGGUAAUAGGAAGAGAUCCAAACAAAUGGGGGGAGAAUGCGGCUGAGUUCUACCCAGAAAGGUUUGAGAAUCUUGAGGUGGAUUUCAGAGGGGGGAAUUAUGAGAUGGUUCCCUUCGGAGGGGGAAGAAGAACUUGCCCAGCGGUGAAAACAGCUCCAGCGACUGUUGAGUUCACCAUCGCAAACCUUUUGUAUUGGUAUGAUUGGAAAAUUCCUGGUGGAGUGAAGAACGAAGACUUGGAUAUGCUGGAGGAGGGUUCUCUGGUUCUCCAUAGGAAAUUACCACUUUGCCUUAUACCCAUUAAACAUAACUGGGAAGAGUAGCAUCACUUCCUUCUACCAACGUUGUUCCAAUCAGAAAUCUAGAACUUAUAUUUUUCUUGACUCUUUUAAUUCGACACUGAUAUUGUACGUUACAUGUAAUUCGUGUACAUGGUCAGUGAUGUAGUACACGUGGCUUUUCUUGGUCUAAAUAAAAAUUGAUGUGGUAAUGUGUAAA